CGUCGUUCGACAACACCGACAUGCUGCAGCUCACGUGGGUGCGCCAGCUCACGCACUCGGCGCGGUCCGAGGUCCACGUCUGCCACGCCGAGAGCCUCGGCGCCGACGUCGUCCUCAAGUGCAUGGACGCCCAGCGCGUCUAUGCGCGCGGCGAAGACGACGUGUUUGCCGAGCCGCGCGUGCACAAGCGCCUCACCAAGCGCGGCCACCCGAACAUUCUGCGUCUUCUUGGCGAAGGCCGAAGCAACAAUAGUGUCGAGAUGGUCCUCGAGUACUGCGCCCACGGGUCGCUCUUUGACGUGCUCAGCGCGGCGCCGCAGCAGCAGUUCGAGCCCGCGCUCGCGCGUGUCUAUUUCGACAUGAUCGUGUCGGGACUGAGCUUCAUGCACAACGAAGGGUAUGCGCACCGAGACCUCUCGCUCGAAAACAUUUUGGUCGACGAGAACCAUACGUGCAAACUGGCCGACUUUGGCGACGCAAUCGGCGUCGACUUGGUCCGGACCGACCGCGCCGGCAAGCUCUUCUACAUGGCACCGGAAGUCUACAACGGCGAGUACUACAUCCCCGGCGAGGCUGACAUGUGGAGCCUCGGCAUCAUCCUCUUUACGAUGCUGACGGGCCACCCAGUAUUUUUCAAGGCGCACGAGUCGGACCCAAACUAUGCCAUCUUGCUCGACGAAGGCCUCGAGGCCUUGGUCCACAAGCUCAACAUGGCCCAUUUGAUCCCAUCGAUGGAAAUGGAGAUCUUGGAACAGCUUCUCGAGAUUGACCCGGAAGAACGCAUGACGAUGGACGAGCUUCUCUCGCACGAGUACGUGGCCGCCGUCUUGCCGCAACCAGCAACGUUGCCGGCGCUGCGGUCGAGUCCAUCGUCGACCAAGGUCGUGCGCACCCAGCGCAGGUACCGGUACCACCCGUACGACGCGCGGGCGAACGCGGCCAAGCACCGACGCGCCCGAAAGUUUGAGGCGCUCUUGUUCAACCUCCUCUAGUCGUCUCUGGUGUCGUCGUCGUCGUCGUCUUCGUAUCCAUGUGAUUAAGUUAUCCAACUCGUACUAUUACUCG